UCGGGCGCCGACACCAGGCGCUCCUCGCGCUCGGCGGUCGCCGGGUGCAGCUGCCCGGACAGGGCGCAUGGAGGGGCCGUCUCCCCCUGCGCCCCCGGGGGCCGGCGAGGCGAGGACGGCAUAGCUGGGCCCAGCAUGGAGCAGCUGCCACUGGGCCCAAGAGAUGGGUGCUCUCCUAGGCGCCCCUUCCCCUGGCAGGGGCCGAGGACACUGCUGCUGCACAAAAGUCCCCAGGACGGCUUUGGCUUCACCCUGCGCCACUUCAUCGUGUACCCGCCUGAGUCGGCUGUGCACUGCAGCCUGAAGGAGGAAGAGAAUGGAGGCCGCGGAGGAGCCGUGCACGGCUGUGACCUUCAGCGGCCACCCCCAACUAACCUGGCUGAUGCCCACCAGGACCCUCCCCCCCGGCACCGCCUGGAGCCCAUGGACACCAUCUUUGUCAAGAAUGUGAAGGAAGAUGGCCCUGCCCACAGGGCGGGGCUUCGCACAGGAGACCGGCUGGUAAAGGUGAAUGGGGAAAGCGUCAUUGGGAAGACCUACUCUCAGGUCAUAGCUCUGAUCCAGAAUAGUGAUGACACUCUGGAGCUGUCUAUCAUGCCGAAGGACGAGGACAUCCUCCAGCUGGCCUACUCCCAGGAUGCCUACCUGAAGGGGAACGAGCCGUAUUCUGGAGAGGCCCGCAGCAUCCCGGAGCCACCCCCCAUCUGCUACCCCCGCAAGACCUAUGCCGCUCCGGCCCGGGUCUCUACCCGGGCCACUAUGGUGCCUGAGCCCACCUCAGCACUGCCCAGUGACCCCCGGAGUCCUGCUGCCUGGAGUGACCCGGGGCUCCGCGUGCCACCCACUGCCCGUGCUCACCCGGACAACUCCUCCUUGGGGAUGAGCCAGCCCCGCCCCAGCCCUGGUGCCUUCCCUCACCUGGCCUCGGAGCCCCGGACGCCCCGUGCCUUCCCAGAGCCUGGCAGCCGGGUCCCCCCCAGCAGACUGGAGUGCCAGCAGGCCUUGUCACACUGGCUGUCAAACCAGGUACCCCGCAGGGCGGGGGAGAGACGGUGCCCAGCCAUGGCUCCCCCGGCCCGCAGCGCCUCCCAGGACCGGUUGGAAGAGGUGGCUGCCCCCCGCCCGUGGCCCUGCUCCACCUCCCAGGAUGCCUUGAGCCAGCUGGGCCAGGAGGGUUGGCACCGAGCUCGCUCAGAUGACUACUUGAGCCGGGCCACCCGUUCCGCCGAGGCACUGGGACCAGGGGCACUGGUGUCACCCCGCUUUGAGCGGUGUGGCUGGGCUUCCCAGCGUGCAUCUGCUCGCACCCCUGCCUGCCCAACUCGGGACCUGCCAGGGCCCCAGGCCCCGCCCCCACCUGGGCUGCAGGGCCUGGACGACCUCGGGUACAUCGGCUACCGGAGUUACAGCCCAUCAUUCCAGCGCCGGACAGGCCUCCUGCAUGCACUCUCCUUCCGGGACUCACCCUUUGGGGGGCUGCCUACCUUCAACCUGGCCCAGUCCCCUGCACCGUUCCCACCAGAGGCCUCUGAGCCACCCCGGGUUGUCCGGCCAGAACCUAGCACCCGGUCCGUGGAGCCUCCUGCAGAGGAUCGCCGCGACGAGGUAGUCCUGAGGCAGAAGCCCCCAACGGGCCGCAAGGUUCAGCUGACCCCCGCAAGGCAGAUGAACCUUGGAUUUGGUGACCAGUCCCCAGAGCCAGAGGCCAGUGGGCGAGGGGAACGCCUGGGCAGGAAGGUGGCCCCUUUGGCUGCCACUGAAGACUCUCUGGCUUCCAUCCCCUUCAUCGAUGAGCCCACCAGCCCCAGCAUUGACCUCCAAGCCAAGCACGUCCCUGCCUCUGCUGUGGUCUCUAGUGCCAUGAACUCGGCCCCCGUCCUGGGCACCAGCCCAUCAUCCCCAACCUUCACCUUCACUCUGGGACGCCAUUACUCGCAGGACUGCAGCAGCAUCAAGGCCGGCCGCCGCUCCUCAUACCUGCUGGCCAUCACCACGGAGCGCUCCAAGUCUUGCGAUGAUGGGCUCAACACCUUCCGGGAGGAGGGUCGGGUUCUGAGGCGCCUGCCAAACCGUGUCCCCAGCCUGCGGAUGCUCCGGAGCUUCUUCACCGACGGGUCCUUGGAUAGCUGGGGCACCUCUGAAGAUGCCGACGCUCCUUCUAAGCGACACUCAACCUCUGACCUCUCAGAUGCGACCUUCAGCGAUAUCAGGAGAGAAGGCUGGUUGUAUUAUAAGCAGAUCCUCACCAAGAAGGGGAAGAAAGCGGGCAGCGGCCUGCGCCAGUGGAAGCGGGUGUACGCCGCGCUGCGGGCGCGCUCGCUCUCGCUGAGCAAGGAGCGGCGGGAGCCCGGGCCGGCGGCGGCGGGGGCUGCGGCGGCCGGCGCAGGUGAGGACGAGGCGGCGCCAGUCUGCAUCGGCUCCUGCCUCGUGGACAUCUCCUACAGCGAGACCAAGAGGAGGCACGUGUUCCGGCUGACCACCGCUGACUUCUGUGAAUAUCUCUUUCAGGCUGAGGACCGGGAUGACAUGCUGGGCUGGAUCAGAGCGAUCCGGGAGAACAGCAGGGCCGAGGGCGAGGACCCCGGCUGUGCCAACCAAGCUCUGAUCAGCAAGAAGCUUAAUGAUUAUCGCAAAGUGAGCCAUAGCUCUGGGCCCAAAGCUGAUUCCUCCCCCAAAGGCUCUCGAGGCCUGGGGGGCCUCAAGUCUGAGUUCCUCAAGCAGAGUGCAGCACGUGGCUUCAGGACUCAGGACCUGCCUGCAGGCAGCAAGGAUGACAAUGCUGCAGCUCCCAAAACCCCCUGGGGCAUCAAUAUCAUCAAGAAAAAUAAGAAGGCCGCCCCAAGGGCGUUUGGGGUCAGGCUGGAGGAGUGUCAGCCAGCCACGGAGAACCAGCGUGUCCCCUUAAUCGUGGCUGCGUGCUGUCGCAUUGUGGAGGCUCGAGGGCUGGAGUCCACGGGCAUUUACCGAGUGCCUGGCAACAAUGCAGUGGUGUCCAGCCUGCAGGAGCAGCUCAACCGAGGGCCUGGGGACAUCAACCUGCAGGACGAGCGCUGGCAAGACCUCAAUGUGAUCAGCAGCCUGCUGAAGUCCUUCUUCCGAAAGCUGCCCGAGCCUCUCUUCACCGAUGACAAAUACAACGACUUCAUCGAGGCCAACCGCAUUGAGGACGCACGGGAGCGGAUGAGGACGCUGAGGAAGCUGAUCCGGGAUCUCCCAGCACACUACUAUGAAACGCUCAAAUUCCUUGUGGGCCAUCUCAAGACCAUCGCCGACCACUCUGAGAAAAACAAGAUGGAACCCCGGAACCUGGCCCUAGUCUUCGGUCCGACAUUGGUGAGGACGUCUGAGGACAACAUGACAGACAUGGUGACCCACAUGCCUGACCGCUACAAGAUUGUGGAGACGCUGAUCCAGCACUCAGACUGGUUCUUCAGCGAUGAAGAGGACAAGGGAGAGAGAACCCCUGUGGGCGACAAGGAGCCUCAGGCAGUGCCCAACAUUGAGUACCUCCUGCCCAACAUUGGCAGGACAGUGCCCCCUGGUGACCCAGGGUCAGAUUCUGCCACCUGUAGUUCAGCCAAGUCCAAGGGCUCGUGGGCCCCCAAGAAGGAGCCGUACGCCCGGGAGAUGCUGGCGAUCUCCUUCAUCUCGGCCGUCAACCGCAAGCGGAAGAAGCGGCGGGAGGCGCGGGGGCUGGGCAGCAGCACGGACGACGACUCGGAGCAGGAGGCGCACAAGCCCGGGGCGGGGGCCACAGCACCGGGGGCUCAGGAGCGGCCGCAGGGGCCGCUGCCGGGCGCCGUUGCCCCCGAGGCUCCAGGACGCCUCAGCCCCCCGGCGGCGCCCGAGGAGCGGCCGGCUGCGGACACCCGCUCCAUCGUGUCGGGCUACUCCACCCUGUCCACCAUGGACCGCAGCGUGUGCUCGGGCGUGGGCGGCCGGCGGGCGGGCGCAGGGGACGAGGCGGACGACGAGCGCAGCGAGCUGAGCCACGUGGAGACGGACACGGAGGGCGCGGGGCCUGGGGGGCGCCUGGCGCGCCGGCCGUCCUUCAGCUCGCACCACCUCAUGCCCUGCGACACCCUGGCGCGCCGCCGCCUGGCCCGGGCACGCCCGGACAGUGAGGGCGUGGGCCGGGGUGGUCCCCGCGUCCCGGAGCCGCCCGGCUCGGCGUCAUCCAGCAGCCAGGAGUCGCUGCGGCCCCCGGUGGCGGCGCUGGGCUCGCGGCCCUCGCGCAUGGAGGCGCUGCGGCUGCGGCUCCGCGGCACAGCCGACGACAUGCUGGCCGUGCGCCUGCGGCGGCCGCUAUCACCCGAGACCCGGCGGCGCCGGAGCAGCUGGCGCCGCCACACGGUGGUGGUGCAGAGCCCGCUGACCGACCUCAACUUCAACGAGUGGAAGGAGCUGGGUGGAGGGGGCCCCCCGGAGCCUGCGGGCGCGCGGGCGCACAGUGACAACAAGGACUCCGGCCUCAGCAGCCUGGAGUCCACCAAGGUGCGGGCUCCGUCGUCUGCAGCCUCGCUACCGCCCACGUCCGGGAACCCGGGGGCUCUGCAGAGCCAGCCCCCACGCCGCUCGGCCACCUCCCGCCUGCAUCAGUGUCUGUGAUCCCCACCUCCCAUGCCGCUUGGGAACCAGGAGGCUCCUCCGGCCUGCACCCCCUCUUCUGUGGCCCCUGGGUGCCGGCCAGGUCUCUAGUUUGUGUGCUGGAACUGGCAGGGGGUGGGCAGAGGAGAAGGCUGGAGCUGGACCAAGAGUUGAACGGAAGGGGUUCCAGAGAAGGUAGGGGCUGCUAGGGGGCGUCUGUGUCCCUGCAUACGUGCACCCAAUGGGUCCUCCUGAGCCUUUCUGUGGCUGCACUUGGGGACCCUUGUGGACCAUGGGUGUGGCUAGGGAACCCCUAAGUUUGACUAAGGAAAGAUCCUGGGUGAUGCUGGCUUUUUGCUUUUUUCCCUCUGCCGUCCCACCUCAUUAGCUCCUAAGUGGGGAUGUGUGUCUGGGGAGAGGCGGUGUAGGGUGCGUAUGUCCAUGGGGGGAGGGGCUUGUGUGUGCAAGUGUGUGUGCAGUCACUGUCCCAAGGUGUUUCCAGUAGCGACUUCCGCCCCUCUACCCCCACCCCGGUCCCCACUUCACCCCCCAGGGCUCCCUGCCUUUGGUGCAACAAAAGAUCCUGCCCUCCUCACUUGUCAGAGCCAGAGAAGGGGGGCUGGGGCCACCCCCAGGAGGCAGGACUGAACCCCUCACCAGGGUUAUUCCCCAACAUCCUUUGGCCUGAGUCACCUCCGGCGUGCUUUGACCAGGGCAGCUGCCUAUUCUCCAGACAGUUUGGGAGUGGGGGGGGCCAGGGUCCCCCUUGCUGGUACCCCUCUUCUAUCUGUGCCUGUUCCUUCCACAACCCAGGCACACAGAAGCCCACCUUCUUCCCCUUAGGAGAGGGGAUGGUCAACACCCCCGGUGUGUCUGUCACACACUGAUUUAUGGGGUCGGAGCUGGGCUGUUCCUGUUGUAAAUAGAGCUCCAAUCACCAGGCCGGCCCCCACACACCCUCACUCAUUCCAGGGAAGCCCAGGGGGAUGGUGAGCCUGCUGCCACCCCUAUCAGUCCUCUUGUUUUAUGCAAAAAUUUACUGUAAAGUAGAUUUCUUUCCCUCCCCCCCGUCCUUUUAUUGUAAAUAUUGUCUCUAAAUGUGUAACAUACUAUAAAGAAUUUAUAAGGAUUUUUAAAGAUGUUUUGCUCAUUUACAAAAGUGUUGUAACAGUGUUGGACAAAACCUCCCACCCCACGUCCGCAUGGCGCCUGUCACUGUGUCCUUGACACACCUCUCUGGCAACAACUAAACUUUCCUGCUUCUGAAAAAGUCUUGUCUUAAAAGUACAGUCUAUAUCUUGGAAAUAAAUGGCCUUCCUUGAGGCAUGA